AUGCCACUGAGAGGGCAGACACGUUUAGAAGCAGAAUCCAAUAGUGAGAACUUGAUGGAUCCCGAAAAUACGUCCAACGUUUUCUUUCUUCGAAGUAGUUCUUGGCGUAAGGAAACAGGGAGAUAUGAAGCCUAUCUGUGGUGCAGCAGCUGCCCAAUAGAGGGUCAAACCCGUAAGGGAGGAGAUUACGAUCUGGCAGCUCUCAAGUGUCGGCGUACAUCAACUCUAAUAAACUUUCCGAGACAAAACUAUGAGACAGAGUUGACAGAGAUGAGGAACAUGUCAAAGGAACAAUAUAUUCAAUUUAUAAAGAGGAGUAGCGAUAGCUUUUCUAGGGGAACAUCAGCCUACCGCGGUGUAACACGCAUUGACCAAAUGUAUCUCUACAAAUCCAUGAUAUGGCUCGGCAAGUGUCCUAGUGAUGGAGGGUGGCAGGCUAGGAUUGGCAGGGUUGCUGGGUACAAAAAUCUGUAUCUGGGAACAUUCGAUGAUCAGGAAGGUGCUGCAGAGGGUUAUGACAUUGCUGCCAUUAAAUAUAGAGGAAAAAAAGCUGUUACGAACUUUGACACAAGUAGAUAUGAUGUGAAAGCCAUCAUGAACAACACACUACCUGUAGGAAGGAAUGCAAAGCGAACCAGAGUUGAACAACACACUACGUGUAGGAAGGAAGCUAUGACCCUCUAUGGGGCAGCUUUUGUCCCACGGAUGGGCUUCAUAUCUCCCUGUCCAUGUAUGCCUGCACUGAGUUCACAUAAUAUUACUUCAAAAGAACAUUUUAUUUGA